CUGAUAAAAAGCUACCGACAUCGCUCUUGUACUCCGCGGCGAAAUGGCGUCUGCUUGUUUGUUUCCCCGGCAAAUGUCUCCGCUGCUGUCGCUUCCUCUUCGGCCACUCCACCACUGUGCCGUUCCCCGAAUCCGAGUUCCCUAUUCGAGAUCAAACGUUUGCGGGACGCCUCUUCCUCCUCCUAAGGCCGCCCUGUUCCCGGAGCUGGCGGCACUCCAGGGCUCCCUCCUCGAUCUCGUCCGGGCUUCUCCUCCCACCUGGAACUCGGCGAUUGCCAGCAACCUCUUUGUAUUCAUCGUUGGGUCCCCCAUUCUAUUGUCGGGGCUUACGAUUUCCGGCAUGGGAUCGGCCUUCCUCCUGGGGAUUUUAUCAUGGAGAGCCUUCGGGCCUUCCGGAUUCCUCAUUGUAGCGGCCUACUUUGCCAUCGCGACUGCAGCCACAAAGUUGAAAAUUGCUCAAAAAGAAGCUCUUGGCAUAGCAGAAAAAAGAGGAGGAAGAAGAGGACCAGGCAGUGUUGUUGGCUCGAGUGCUUCUGCUUGUGUUUGUGCGCUCCUAUCAAUAAACAAUAUGUGUGGAGCUUUAUUUGCACGAUUUUGGCAACUAGGUUUUGUUGCCUGCUUUUGCACUAAACUGACCGAUACCGUAUCCAGUGAGAUAGGCAAAGCAUACGGAAAAACUACGUACUUGGCCACCACAUUUAAGGUAGUACCAAGGGGAACGGAAGGAGCUGUAAGCAUUGAAGGGACUGUUUCUGGAGUUGCUGCAUCCAUUGUCCUAGCUGGCAUUGCUUAUUCUAUGGGACAGGGAAGAGGCAUGGCCAAUGGACUGAGAUUUUUGAUGGCCACAAGAUGCAUUCCAGAAUAGCUUGUGGCAGGCAACAAUAACUCAUCUUCAAUGACCAGUACCAAACUCUUGGACCAGUGAAAAAGAUUUCAAGCAGAAAACAUGGAACUUGGGACACAUUUUUUGGGAAGUUUCUAACUGAUCCUAUUUUUAUGUGAUUUUUGAUUCAUUGAACAACAGUGAAUGGCUUGUAGGCCUCAUACAACAUGGAAGCCAACUUAAGAAUGGAUUGAUUAGCCAUAUUCACUCAUUCUUCAAUCUUCCUAUUAGUGGAACAAUUGAAAAUAUAGGGUAUGUGUGCAUGGUUGAUGUUAAAAUGAGUGGACAUGAAAUUUCAUUUUAGGUAUCUUGAAGAUAUUAUUCGAUAAGGAAUAUUGAAGAUAUUAUCAAUAUAAUAAAAUAUGGACUUAGACAAUAAGGAAGAAAUAAUUUCUUAUAUAAAAGAACAGGUAAACGACUCUCUUGUUUAUAGAGAGAAUUUACAAUAGAAAGGAAACUAAUGAAAAGGAAAUCAAAUAAUAAGGAAACUAAUUAAAGCUAAUAAUUGAAAAAUGAUCCUUUCCUAUUUUUCUUGAUUUGUAUUUCUUUGAUUUUAAUGAUGACAGGAUUUCCAACACUCCCCCUCAAGUUGGUUUGUAGAUAUCUUCCAUAGCCAGCUUGCUAGUCAGCUUAUCAAAUUGUUUCUUGUGUAGUCCCUUCGUUAAGACAUCAGCUAGUUGUUCAUUUGUUGGAAGAUAUGUCAUGCAUAUUAUUCUAGUGUUGAUUUUCUCCUUGAUGAAAUGUUUAUCUACCUCUAUAUGCUUUGUGCGAUCAUGAAGAAUAGGAUUAUGAGCUAUGGAAAUAGCAGCUUUGUUGUCACAAUAAACCUUUAUAGGAGUUGGGUAAGAAAGCUUCAAUUCCUCAAGAAUUCUUUUGAUCCACAUUACCUCACAGAUUCCAUGGGCAACAACUCUGAAUUCUGCUUUAGCACUACUUCUAGCUACCACAUUUUGUUUUUUACUUCGCCACGUAACUAGGUUCCCACCAACAAAGGAACAGUAGCCUGAUGUUGAUCUCCUAUCCAUAACACACUCUACCCAGUCUGCAUCUAUGUAGACUUCGACUUGAAGAUGUCCAUGUUUCUUGAAUAAUAAACCUCUUCCUGGAGUUCCUUUCAAAUAUCUCAAUAUCAUAUAGACGUCCUCGAAAUGUUCUGCUCCUGGCGAGUGCAUGAACUGACUUACCAUGCUAAAGGUCCCUGUUCUUUACUUCUUCAACCCUAGCAGCUUGUAACUUCAAAUUAGGCUCAAUUAGAGUCUCAACCAUUUUACACCCCAGCAAACCUGUUUCUCCAAGGAGAUCAAAAAUAUAUUUUCUUUGAUUAACAAAUAUACCUUCCUUGGACCUUGCAAAUUCCAUUCCGAGGAAAUACUUGAGGGCUCCUAGAUCUUUAAUUUGAAACUCUUUUGCGAGUCUCCUCUUUAGGUCUGCUAAUUCUGUUUCAUCAUCACUGGUUAAGAUAAUGUCAUCAACGUAAACAAUUAAAACAACAACUUUACCCCUUUUUGAAUGUUUAUAAAAUAUUGUGUGAUCUGCUUGACUCUGGAAAAAAUCAUAACUAAUAACAACCUUUCCAAAGCGUUCAAACCAUGCUCUUGGUGACCGUUUGAGUCCAUAUAAUGCAUUGUUUAAUUUGCACACUUUUUCACUGCCAAGUCCCUUAUCAAAUCCUGGCGGUAGACUCAUAAACACCUCCUCUUCUAAAUCACCAUUGAGAAAUGCGUUUUUAAUGUCAAGUUGAUGUAGAGGCCAAUAUGAAUUUACUGCAAGAGAUAACAGAAUUCUGAUAGAGUUUAUCUUAGCAACUGGAGCAAAGGUCUCUUGAUAGUCAAUCCCAUAAGUCUGAGUGAAGCCUUUAGCCACCAGUCUAGCCUUGUAUCUUUCAAUGCUUCCAUCAGCUUUACAUUUUAUUGUAAACACCCAUUUACACCCAACUCGUUUCUUGCCUUUGGGUAGAUCAACUAUCUCCCAAGUGUCAUUUCUCCUUAAAGCAUUCAUCUCUUCCAUGAUUGCUAAAUUCCAACUCGGAUCAUCCAACGCUUCUUGCAUAUUCCUUGGAACAAACAAGUGUGAAAUCCUAGAAGUGAAAGCUUUAUGAUUUUUUGACGAUCUUUGGUAGGAAAGAUAAUUUGCAAUAGGAUGAUUAGUGCAAUUUCGAACACCUUUUCUAAUUGCUAUAGGAACAUCAAGAUCGGGAAUAGUAGGUGAACAAUUAGACAAUAAGAGGAAUCAAAGUUGGACUUGUGAUAGGGUUACUUGAAAUUUCAAAGCCAGAGCUCGAUUUUUCAGACGGGUGUUGUGCAGGUUUGACAUUCGAAUCUUUAUUCCUCAGAUGAAAUAUCUUCCUAGUAUAAACUUGAAGCUCAGAAUUCAGAUCACGACGAUCAAUUUGUAGUAUUUCUCCCCUUGGUCGAGAAUUUCCAACAUUAGGCACUAGAGGUGGGUGAUUAUUUUCAAGAUUGUCGGAAAAAAUGAUAUUGGGAAGUGAGUUAGAAAUGUUCAAAAAAAUUAUCUUUUUCUUCACUUGUCGUCUCCUGAAGAGAAUUUUUAGAAAAAUAGGGUUUUGUUUCUAAAAAGGGCACAUCCAUGCUAAAAAAAAAAAUUGUUUUGAGGAUCGAAAAACUUAUACCCUUUUUUGUUUGACGAAUAACCCAAGAAUACACAUUUUAUAGCACGUGAUUCAAGUUUUGAACGAAAUUGACAUGGAACAUGAACAUAGACAGUACAUCCAAAAACUUUGACAUACAAAUCAAAAAACAAUCUAAUUUCAAGAAUUUUUGUUUAAGACAAUCAAGAGGUGUUUUGUACUCUAACACCUUAGUAGGCAUCCUAUUUAUCAAAUAAGAGGCUGUUAAAAUUGCUUCACCCCAUAAAUACUUAGGAACAUUCAUAUAAAACAUUAUGGCACGUGCUACUUCAAGUAAAUGUUUAUUUUUCGUUCUGCAAUGCCAUUUUGAGGGGUAUCUCAGCAAGUGGAUUGAUGAAAAAUACUUUUUUCAUUCAAAAAAUCACCCAAGUGCUCAUUAAAAUAUCUAUUCUAUUGUCAGAAUGUAAAAUACAAAUUUUGAUUUGAAAUUGAUUUUCAAUCAGAGUGUGAAAAUUUUUGAACAAAUUUUUCGUUUCCGAUUUUUUAUUCAUUAGAUAAAUCCAACGUAAACGUGCAUGGUUAUCAAUAAAUGUUACAAACCAUUUUUUUCCAGAAAGAGUAGUAAUUUUAAAUGGGCCCCAAACAUCACUAUGAAUCAAGUAAAAAGGUUUGGAGACCCGGUAAUUUUUCUGGCAAAUAAGUUGAACGAUGAAAUUUUGCAAAAAAACAAGUUUCACAAUGUAAAGAAGAACAAUAAAUGCCUUUAAAUAAUUCUGGAAAUAAGAUUUUUUUGAUAAGGAAAGCUAGGAUGUCCUAGUCUAUAGUGCCAUAGCAUUAUUUUUUCCUGAACUGAGUUUGAACUAAUACUGUUAAGGCUCUGAGCUUUUUUAUUACUAACAGGUCAUCCAAGUAGUAAAGACCUUCAAUCAUCUUAGCAAGCCCAAUCAUCAUCCCCGAGUUCUAGUCCUGAAAUUCACAAUGUGAUUCAAAAAAUAUAAUACGACAAUUAGAAUCUUUAGAUAGUUUACUAACAGAUAAAAGGUUGCAGGCUAAUUUAGGAACAUAAAGAACAGAAUUGAGAUUAAAUUAUUCGGUUAGUUUGAUAAGUCCUUUGCUUGCAAUAGGUGAAAAACUACCAUUGACAAUUCUAAUUUUCUCGUUUCCAGAACAAGGGGAAUAAGUAUCAAAUAGGUGAGAGCAACUAGACAUGUUGUUGUGGCUCCAGAAUCUAUGAUCCACGGAGAGGAGUUUAAACAGGAGAGAGCUUUAGGAUUGCCACCUGUUUGUGCCAAGGAAACACUAGGAAUACGAGAUGAGAAGUUGGAUUUUAUCAGCUUCAAGAGUUGAUCCAUUUGCUCUUUAUUGAAGGGACCUGAGUCGGCUUCAUUUGCAGUAGGAAUUCCACAAUUCUUCUCUCCUUGCUUGUUAUUUUUCCAGUUGGUAGAUUUGCGAUGAAUUUUCUAACAUGUCUCACGUGUAUAGCGAGGCGUGUUACAGAAAUCGCACCAAAUCCGUGGCUUAUCAUUAGACCUGCGCUGGUAAUCGAGGAAGUUGUCACCAUUUAGGCGGAUGCUGGUGAUCUGGACUGAAUGAGAGUUGGAAUGGUGUUGCAGGGUCUCAGAAGGUUUUACCCUAGUGGCAGGGAUUGUAGUGGUUUCGGACGUGACUUCUGACAUAGCUCUGAUACCAAGAUAGAAAAUGAGGAAGAAAUAAUUUCUUAUAUAAAAUAAUAGGUACACGACUCUCUUAUUUAUAGAGAGAAUUUACAAUAGAAAGGAAACUAAUGAAAAAGAAAUUAAAUAAUAAAGAAACUAAUUAAAGCUAAUUAAAGCUAAUAAUUGACAAAUGAUUCUUUCUUAUUUUUCCUAAUUUGUAUAUCUUUGAUUUUAAUGAUGACAGGAUUUCCAACAUAUUAACCGUCAAAAUUGAGAGGAGCUUUUAGAAUCUUAUGUAAUCACCAUGCCCUCUUGUGAUAUGGCCUACCAUCCUUAAUAGAUCAGAGUUGGACUAGGACUGCUAGAAAACAAUAUGUACAAAAGGAGCUAAUGCAUCAGAGAUAAGAAUGUUAAGAUAAGUGAGUGGGGUUGUUAUAAAAGAUAAAAUAAAAAAUGCUAAUAUUUGAAAGCAAUUACGUGUGCAUCUGAUACAUCAAAGAAAAUAGGUCGAGAUGGUAUGAGCAUGUUAAAAGAUAAUCAAUAAUGCUAUAGUUAAGAGAGAUAACUUAGUGUGGAAGAUGAAAGGGAUAGAAAGAGAUCAAAGAAAACGCCAGUCAAUGUAAUAAAAUGAUUUGAUUAAUUUGAAUUUUACUAGAAUUGCUUGCAUAGAGCAAUCUCAAUGGAGGGGUAAAAUUCAUUUGGCUAACCUGAAAUAAUUAGGACAUACUUGGCUUGAUGAUGACAACAA